UGCACCGACGGCCGGCUGCAGGCGGCCAGUUCGAUCGCAUCUCGCGGGCUCGUCGCGCUCUCUUCGGCGUCGUCGACCACUGCUGCCGCUGCUAGAAGCGUCCAGCGCAGCCGCGGGCGUGCUGCUGCCUCCUGGCCGAGCUCUCAACCUCGCGCAAUUUUUUGAAAGCUCGCGCGCGCGGCGCGCGCGCGCGCUCGCCCCAACAGGGAAAGACAAGCGCGCCUUCUCCUCUCCGGCCUUGCACUUGCUUCGGAUCCCAAGAAGCAACUGCGCGGGACUGCGGAUCUACUGCUGUCAGGCCAAAUGGCCGCACUUUGAUUGUCAGAGCUGAGUGAAGAAACCAACUCAUCGUAGCCGAACCAGGGGGCGUGUGAUGGGCGCUCGCCUGUGAGCGGAGCCAGCGAGCUUCCCGUGCGAGCGGCCCGAUGGCGUGCAGCGGUGGCGCCAGUCUCUACCAGGACCACAUCCUGCAGGCCGUGCUGCAGGGCAACCUCACCAGCGUGCCCGAGCCACCGUCCAGGCUGCUCAAGAUACUGAUCGCAUCUUCAAGGCCCGACUUCGAGCAGGAACGCCGGGUUGUGCAAGAGAAUGUGCUACCGGAACUUCAGCGGCACUGUGCCUCGCUCGGCGUGGACGUGGAGCUGUUGGACCUGCAGCAGGGUCAGGACCCACGCCUGCGACCCGCCGAUGCCACCUUGCGAGAGUUGGAGGACUGCCACGCCCGCUCUCUCGGAUGCUUCCUCCUCUGCCUGUUGGGCAACAAGUACCGGCCGUUCGCGCUCCCCGACCUCAUCGAGCGCACAGUGUUCGAGCCGCUGCACCAGGCUGCCCAGGACGCGGACCUGGACGUGUCGCUGCUCGGCCAGUGGUACCUGCUCAACGAGAACCUGGUGCCACCCGCCUACGAGUUACAACCACCUUCUGACAGGACAUGCAAGGCGGACGCCGCUGGCCUUCGGCGAGGACUGACAACAGCUGGUCCGGACGACUCAUCAACCCUGCUCGAGGAGCAGGAGCAGGUCGUCAAGGUGCUCCAGUACGGCGCCAAGGUGGCUCUCGACGAGGGCCUCAUUGACGCCGACACGGAACGACAGUUUCGGAUGUCUGGUGUUCACGCUCUCCUAGACCACGCGCUGAAACUUUCAAAGACCGCCCAGCACAAGAUCAUCUGUGUCGUGAGGCAGUUCGAUGGUAUCAACGUGAACGACACCUCGGCCUCAACGUACGCCGAUGUCAGCACGCAAGGUUCGGACGAGGACACGGCAACGUACACCGAAGACCUGGUCGCCGACAUUAUAUUGAACGUGGCGAGGAAAAACGUUCACUUCUACAGCGUUCCGUGGCACGCGAGUGGUCUGGACCCCGAGCUGUCGGCACACAGCAGCUACUUGGAGAAGCUGACCGAGGCGCUGCUCACCACCAUCAAGGCCAUGGUGGACGAGGCCUCGCAAGUCGAGACGCCCGACUGGGACGAGCUGCCCCCGACUUUCCGCAAAGUUGUUCAGGAGGUGGUUCGUGAGUCCCAGACACACCUGUGCAACAGCCGGCAGCUACUGCGUUGCCUGGGCGUGUCACAAUCUUUAGACAGCGACUAUGGCCCGCUGCUCCAGAUUCAGCAGCUCAUGCUGGCCGACGAAGAGCGUGUGCGCCACACACCCAUCAUUGUGUGUGGUCGGGAGGGAUGCGGAAAGUCUACACUGCUAUCUCAGGUGCUCAUGUACUGCCCCGAGUGGCUGGGCAGCGACGUGGUGCGCAUCGUGCGCGGCGUGGGCCAGAGCCCGUGCUGCGCGUACCCGGCCGAGAUGCUGCGCAACCUGUGCCUGCACAUCAGCAUGGUGUUCGGCUUCGAGAUCAGCCCCAAGCACCAGAGCUUCGAGCUGAGCAAGCUGAGCACCUGGUUCCAGGAGCUGCUGAAGCGCGUCGAGGCCAGCACCAGCGACCUGGUCAUCGUGCUCGACGACCUGGACCGGCUGCGGGGUCCCGCGCACCACCAGGCCGCCACACUGGGAUGGCUGCCCUGGAACCUGCCUCUCAACGUGCACCUUGUCUGCUCGGUGGCACAGGAGGCGGAGGCGGUUCUCACGCUGUUGCGCAGCCGCAUCCCGGUGGGAGACAGCUACGUGUUCAUUCCGCCCCUGGCUGACGCCGCCAGCAUGCUGCAGUCGCACCUGAAGGACAACAAGCGGCUGCUGACGCGGCAGCAGUGGGACGUGUUGCGGCAGCGGCUGGCGGGCCAAACGGCGAGCCCCCUAUACGUGACGCUUCUGUCGCAGCAGGCCAUGCGGUGGGCCUCGUACGAGGCUCUGGACGGUGACCUGCACGUUCCGGCCGACACCGAGUCCUUCGUGAGCCGCAGCCUGGAGCGCAUUGAGCGCCAGUUCGGCCUGGCGCCGGUCAAGAAGAUAGCUUCGUACCUCACUUGCACCAGCUACGGGCUGCGCGAGCCGGAGGUCAUCGAGCUGCUCUCGUCCACAGAGUGCGACGGCGCAGAACUCGCGCCCGUUAGCUGGCUUUCCUUCAAAAAGGAGCUCGGCGUGCUGCUGAAGGAGUCGUACGUAGACUGCCGGUCAUACCUGCAGUGGAGCCACCGCUGCAUCGGUACCUGCGUACGCCAGCGAUACCUGUCCGACCGGGCUGAGGCAGUCGCUUGCCACGCUGAACUCGCCAACGCCUUUCACCUCGGCUUCCUCAUGCAGAAGGAGGAGAAGGGACCGGCAUUUGAUGAUUCAAGCAAAUCAAAGAGGAAAGAAGACUGGUCCGAUCUUCUCCGAGAAGUAGACGAGCUUUGGCAGCACCUUUUUCAUAGUGGGGAUUUUAAGCGGCUCAAUCAAGAUGCAGUAUGUAAUUUUGAAUUUCUACUUUCGGCCAUUAGAGGAGCUUCCAUCAGCUACGUGAAAAGUGUCUUGGAAAUCGUUCGCGCACAACUCCUGGACUGGGAAAUCGAGCUUCUGUACAAUAUGACCAAGCAGUCCGUCGACGUGUUGAGCCAAGACCCGCAACAGCUAGCCACCGAAAUCUUAAACUGGCUGCGAACAUACGCUGACGGCAACUCCAAGGUGCUCGGGGACCUGGUGAGCCAGGCGAGCAGCUGGUGUAGCCAAGCCAAGACGCCGCUACUGGUGCCGGUGACGUCGUGGCUGAGCCUAGCACUGCCGCCGCAGGUGCUCUCGCUAACGUUGCCUGCGCCCAUCCGCCAGCUCGUGGCCGCACCGGACUCGCAGCAUGUGUUCUGCACCACCGAGGCUGACGACAAGCUCGUCGCCGUCUACCACCUCACCUCCAAGAAGCUCGUGAGACACAUGGCCGGCCACAAAGCCGCCAUUACCUGCUUGUACAUGUCCCCGUCGGGCCUGCACCUUCUCAGCGGCUCUGAGGACACGGACGUCCUCGUCUGGGACCCGGUGACCGGAGAGCUUCGGAGGAGGCUAAGUCACCACGUGGCCGGUGUGUUGUGCGUGACGUGCACGAACGCCGAGGACCUGGUGCUCAGUGGCUCCGAGAUCGGCGUGGUGGUGCUGGCGCGGCUGGACACCGGCCAGCUGGUGCAGCGCCUCGAGAAUCACCGCGGCGUCGUCAGCGCCGUGGCAGUCAACCGCGGUGACGACAUAUUCGCCACUGCGUCUUCGGACUGCACGGUGUGCAUCUGGUGCCUGGAGACGUUCACGCUGCUCAACACGCUGUCGAUGCCGGCGGCCGUCGAGCGGCUCAGCAUCUCGGGCGACAGCACGUUCCUGCUGCUGGGCUGCGCCGACCAGUGCGUGCGCGUGCGCUCGCUCACCACGGGCUCGGACGUGCACUGCCUGCAAGGGUACGCGGGCCGUGUCAGCGCGCUGGGCUUCGCGCGCGACAACUGCCGCUGCGUGUUGGGCACGCGCGACGGCAAGGCCUUCGUCUACGACGUCCACUCGGCGCGCCUGGUGCAGACGCUCGCCGCCCACCCGGACGCCGCCGUGGUCGCCAUUCAGGCUCAAAGUAGGGACACAUUCUUAAUCACGGCAGCUGGCAACAAGAUCGUGGUGUGGAAUUUCUACCUCAAGAAGAGCGAGAUGUGCCACCCGCAGCCCAAGUCCAAGAAGGUGGACGUGCACAAGGACCCCGUGUCUUGCGUAGCUCUCUCCAGGGACGGCAGCGUGGCCGUCACCGGGUCACGCAACGGCCAGCUCAAAGUGUGGCAGAUGAGCACCGGCGAGGCGCACACGAACCUGGACGGCCACACGGCCGCCAUCACCUGCCUGGCGUUCGCACCCAACGGCCUGUUUGUCGUCUCCGGCUCCGAGGACAACACGCUCCGCGUCUGGGGGCUCACUCUAGGUCUGGUCGUCUCCACGUUCAAGGAGCACCAGAGCAAGAUCGUGAGUGUCUUCGUGACGUCGGACAGCCGGCGCGUGCUGUCAGUGGACGCGCAGGGGAUGCACCGGCUCUGGACGGCCGACAGCGCCACGCAGCUCAUCGCCUGCGCUAAGACGGCCAAGCAGGUGACACUGCACGCCAACGUCGUCUUCACCGUCGGCGGGAAGAGCGACAACAGCUUAAAAUAUUGGCCGGUGUUUGAGACGGACAGCGAAAAGACCGUAAGCCACAGCGAAGCCAUACUGUGCUACACCGUCACCUACGACUGCCAAACCAUUGUCACCGGAUCGCAAGACAUGUCGCUCAAGGUGUGGGAAGUCGCCACGGCAAAGCUAACUCAGGUGCUGGUGGGCCACGAGGGCCCGGUGAUGUGCGUGGCGGUGGCGCCGUUCCGCUGCUCGCUGGCCGUGUCCGGCUCCCAGGACUGCAACCUGAUCGUGUGGGACGUGACGACGGGCAGCGACCGGUUCGUGCUGCGCGGCCAUACCGAGGCGAUCCGGGCGGCCAAGCUGACGCUGGAUGGCUCGGUGGCCGUGUCCAGCUCGGACGACAACACGCUGCAGCUGUGGAACACCCAGAACGGCCACCGCGUGGCCAGCUUCGACCUGCACGCCACCGUGCUCGCCGUGACCACCUCCUUGAACACGGGCCACCUCGUCGUGCAGCUGGCCAGCUCGACGCUGGUGCCCAUGCUGCGGCUGCUCAACAACCCGGGCAAGGGGCUCAUGCUCGACCUACCGCCCGGCACGCCCGUCGGCGACGAGCCCAAGACCCUUGGAGGGCACCCCCUGCGCGGCGUGGUCCCCAAGCGGGUCCUGCUGCGGGGCAACCUGAAGCGGGAGCAGUCGUUCGACUCCUUCUACUGGGACCUGCGCGCCCAGUCGCCCAAGCACGAAACGGCCGCGGCCGCCGACGACUUCCGCGCCAGCAAACCGCUGUCGCCUUUCGGCUCCCGCGAGCACCUCCAGCUGACCGGCGCGGGAGGCGGCUCGGCCGUCUGGAACGGUGGCCUGGGUCGGGGACCCCGUGCCGCCGGCCCCGGCGCGCACGCCGGCGCAGGCGACCUGGGCCUGCAGCCCAAACCCAAGCUGCCCAAGCACAAGAUCCUCAAGAAGCAGCAGAGCAUGUUCGCCUGCUUUCCCGAGUUCACGCAGCAGACGCCGCCCACGCUGCUGUCGCCCGUGGCGCCCAAGGAGCUGGUCGAGAAGAAGGAACUCUCCAAGACGGGUCGCACCGCCGGCGUCCUUCUGCCGCGCACCAACAGUGUCGAGGAGGCGCCCGAGCCGGCUGCCCCUGGCCCCGAAAACACGGUCACGGGAUCGGCUGUCUGCGCUCUCAUGUGAACAGCACAAUCCCGUCAAGUCGCACGCGCCCACCUCCUCCUUGACUAGUAGCAACACGCAGCAGCCGAGCUUCGCCGAGUGGCUGUCGCCCUCCCGUUCGCCCCUCCACGACGGACACCUUUAUGACAAAGGGAAAGCAAUGUGUGCACGGCAGGCGGCAGCUAUACUGACCAAGGGUUCACCAUCGCAGCUCUGCGCUAUCCGCACACUGCGGCCCACGUCACAUUUCUAUAUACCGUGUCGUGCAGCGCAGCGGUUCGCCGCCGCACGCCGGCUGCCACGCCUGAAAUUGAGCUGUCUGUCCAGCCAGCGUCAAGCAUAAGCAAUAUACCACGUCACGUGGAAGGCGUGCAGUUGGAACGUCGCCGCGUCUGCCGACAGGCAGCUGGGCACUUGGGCAGGUCACUCGCUCGCAUUUCUGUUAGGAGUCGUCACUGCCAAGAGCUGUCGAGAAUUGCAAAUGUCAAGAGUAGAAUCUUGGUGCUGAACUGGCACCACGCUGCGAUACAGCCUAGUGUAAACGUAUUUUUUUAGUCGAAAGAAACGGCGACACAAAUGCAAUUCGAGCCAAGCACAUGUGUUGAAUGAAAACAGGUCGGGCUGAGGACACAGUGACGAACGCGACGUCUCAAACAGUGACACCAGUGGAGUACGGAGCAAUCUCGUGUAAUGUGUUUUGCUUUUUCGAGGGUACCUUCCUUCCAGUCGGAAAAGCAUGUUGAGACUAUGUCAUGAGGUUUAGUUUACGCAGCCUAUAACAAACCAAAGUCCUCCUCGUCGGUGCCCAUUCCACACCCACAAGAUAAAAGAUGGAAGAAAAUACGUCCGCGUGCGUGUGAGUAUAUAGAAAACGUUUCACGGCAGACGUGGCUGUAAAGCCCGCCUGUAAAGCAGUCCUUCAGUAAUCGUAAGCAGUCAAAAAUAAAUUUGCUUGCUACCAUAUGCUGAUCCUUUUUUUUUUCAUUACACCUGUUCAGGGCAAUGAGCUAUAGGAAAUAGUCACAGUUAUUAUGUGAAUAACCCGGUGUGAAAUGUUCCAGCGGCUGCUUAUCAGAGAGUCUCCAACACUCGACAGUGAAUCCCGCCUGACACGUUGUUGGAGUGUGAUAAUUGUAUUUCAGUGUGAGCACCUGACCUUGCACAGCAAACGCUCCAGCUCGAGCACAUUUUCACUAUGCACACUCUGUUCACCACUGCACGUUGUACGUUCCUUCUACAGCCUAAGCACAAAUUGUUGUUGAGACCUGCAUGUUAAAAAAAAUCGACACACGCUUUUACUGAACAUUAACCCACGCCGUGAGCUUCGACAGCCGAUUAAUGUAUCAUAACUGAAAGUAAAACCUUUGUACUUGAAUGGCCUUCCACGUUCCUGUAAACACACAUCAAUACACUGUAAAGAAGAAAACAUACAGACUGAGACACACUGGUGAUGCAAUUUUAUGACACACUGGUGAUGCAAUUUUAUAAGUUCAGCUUCGUAUGUCGAUGCCUGUAGGCAGGAGAUUGUCAGAAUUUUCCCGAGAGCUAUUCGAUCCUUACAGUGGUUGUGUUCAUAUUCUUCUUGCCCCAGCUCCUCGAACACUAGUCAAACAUUUGCUCAAUGUUUGUCGUGCGCUGCACUCUGGCUCCAUUGAAAGCAGACCUUUCCAGCAAGUAUCAAACAUAUUUUGUAUACUACUCCCUCCUCUGCGUAAAUGUGCAUAAAUGUACAAAGUUUUGUGUUGAUUUCUGCAUGAAUAAUUUAACCUUUCAUUUGUUAUUUUACUGAUCGGCCACUGAUUGAGUCAGCUAGACGGAGUCGGAUACAGUGGCAGGUUAAUAAAAUCUGACUCAGAGACCUGUCUUGUCGCACUAAGCGCAGAGGGUAGAAGGUAAUAUGUGUUCGCGCCUGGAAAUAAGAGGCUGUUUAUUUUUUUUUUUUUUUCUUGCGUUCGUGUACUGCUUGCAAAUGUGCAUACAUGUGGCAUAUCAUACUUAUUGUACAUUCUUUUGUGUUGCAUUCGUAUUCAACGUUACCUAUGAUUACGUCUUGUACUUGUUGAAGGAUGUGUAGAUGUUACUUGGUCGCCUAUGCUUCGGGAAGAAGGCGCAGAAGAGAUGUCUUUCGCACCCGACAAGAAGAGAGGAGUGCAUAGGCGGGGUGACUAGUGAUGUUACCCUUGUGUAGUAUUGUGUAGCACAUGCCACGCUGGCUUUGCAAGUGCUUCUUCCGGGGCUGGCGUGCUUGUAUCCUCGCGGAGACAUUUGUUCCUGUUCUUGAGCAUCUGUUCUCGUGGACGGCCCUCGGCGCUGACUGGCCACCGCUAUCGUGGCCGCCGGGUCCCAGAGUCCGUGCUCGUCUGGAACCGCAGUGGUCGUCGUUUACGUUCUGAUUUUCCUCCCUAACAGUACCUGACGUUUUCUCUUCCAUUAGUGCGUGUUCUUCGAUGUGAAUGUCUUCGUUGCAGGCGAAAAUUCGUACCAUCUUGCUCUCGGCGUUAACAAGAGGCGUUCUCAAGCAAGCUUCCUUCCUAUGCUGAGUGUCACGUGCGAAGCAUGGGGAGCACUUGGUUCAACCCGAGCGUGUUCAGGUUGUCUUCCCACCGUAGUCUCCUCUGUCGUGGUUUUGUCCUGAGUGCUUUUCUUUUUUUUUUUUCUUUAAUUCUUCUUCUUUUUGCGGUGCCGCUUCAGAUUAGCUCCUUGCUUCCUCCGCGCACGGGAUCAGCCACUGUCGUGCUUUCCCUGUUUCUGUAUCUUUCUUUCUUUCUGUUCAUGCGUGUGUGGUGAGCACGCAGUUGCUCACGCAACUAGAUUUUCACGUCCGCAGACGGUCUUACGUAUAGAGGAACAGCGCGAGUAUAUAUGUAUUUCUUUGUAAAUGCCCCCCCCCCCCUCCCUCUCCCCUCACCUUGCAGCGUUCCGCGAGUGCGGCGACUGUGACAGGCAAAAUGCCCAAAUCUACGCGUAGUGAACGGCGCUCCGCACCAUGCCACUGUCCUCUAUAUAGAAGCCAAGUGUUCCCGUCAGGUGUCGCGUGCCGUAGACUGCUGCACGCCACCGAGUGUAGUGUAGUGUAUACACCCGUCAGACCAUGUACAGACACGCAUUUUUUGGUGCACCGUAGGGGUAUCGAACAAAGCCCCCGCCUAUUGCGCCUCUGAGGCGCAACUUCCCUCCCGUCGUAUCUUAUCCCGAAACGCUGCGCGGCUACGCAUCGCCCGCUGGAAGCGAUCCCCCGCUGCGCUUCUGAGAUUACCACGGCCUCUCUUCCGCCGGCUACGGAAGGCAAUUAGAUCGGUAGACCCCGAUGACCUGUGAUCGCGCCUUAACUGUUAGGUACGCAGCGCUCUUAUGGUGAAACUUUCUUGUCCUUUUUUUUUUUUUUUAGCUGUUUUGUUCCAGCCGCUUCUUCACUUUCUUGAUGGAGUCUGAAUGAACUUGUGAACGUACUUGAGUGUAUGACGGUGCAAAUGACUGUAAGCCACCACCGCGUCUUGCGUGUGUGCGCGAAUUGACGCCAAUAUAUAUAUAUAUAUAUAUAUAUAUAUAUAUAUAUAUAUAUAUAUAUAUAUAUAGUUUGAACAUGCCGCAAAACGACCUUACAGGUCUUUCUUUUUGUUUAUUCUCCCAUCCAGACCCAUUUCUUUGUCGUCUUUGAGCAUAUCAGGAUGGAAAGUGAAGAAAAUAAAAAAUACGUGGCUGUGUUUUGCGGGUCUUUAAUUUGUCUUAGAGCCUGCAGAAAGCCUGUAAUCGCGCGCAAAAUUUGUAUGAUGCCUUGGGACCACCUGAGAAAUUACCUGUCAAAUGCUAUUUAGAUUACUACCAAUUAGUCCGUGCACGAAUCAUUGCUUCUUCAUUCACACCCGGAGUGACUGAUGAACAGGCAUUUACACUCUCUUCCGUACACAGUAUUUCGACCCCCUCAUUGCGUCCGCGCAGUAGUGGGAUGGCAGCUCCUCUGUCAAGUUCGACUUUUCAGCACCGCUGUCACGAAUCCAGCGUCCCAGCAAAAAAAAAAAUUUAAAAAUAAAUAAAUAAACUGGGCGUUGCUUGACCAGUUCAGUACGUGGCUACUACCAGUGGUGUUAUUUUGGCUUCUAGAGCUUGAAAGUCUGGUUCGUCGCAGCUGCUCAUAAAUGCGGAACACCACAGUCAUUCUCUCUAGCUGCGGCAGCUAUGCCAUUAGCUGCAGUGUAUGUCAAGGGGUCGAUACACGUAGGCAUAGUAUAUCGACGAGUGUCACACAUCGUUGUGAGUGGGCGCCUCUACAUUGCUCAGCUUUUGAAACGCAUGUUCACUAUACGUUGUACGUUUUACAUCUUUUUUUUUCUUUUUCAGAAGUCUGCAUUAUACAUAAGUAAACGUAGGACUUUUUAAUAUUUUCUGUGCUAGCAAGAGAAAAAAAGUGACAUUCCUGCCUUUGUUAAACCUGCCUCUGUAAAUACAAAGCGAUCAAAGAGGGGGACAAUAUUUGCUUGGGCUGGGCAUCUAAGCAUAAACCUAUCCUUUGCGAGAAAAAGGCGCUCAGUUAGAAUAAAGGGCAGGAUCAUUUUUUUGCCAAGUUACGUCGCCAUUCCUGAUGCACAUACUGCAUGUUUCUGCGACGGCUGUCUCAGAUUAUACUAAACAUAUGAGGCUGAAAAUGAAAUAAUAAUUUUUGCUGAUCAAUCUUCAUAGCUGUGACGGACAUCAGAAUUGGCGCGAUAAUCGCCAAUUAUUAUUUUUUAAAAUUCACUAAUUGACUUUUCAGUUAAUGAUUGAAGUACUGGCUCACCACAUCUGCGAUUACAGCCUGCCCGCUAAAGUCGUUCAUUAAAACUUAAUUGCUCAUACAUUAUAAAUUAACAAUCGUCGUAUAUAUUGGUGAUUAUGGCGCGAAAUCUGAUGUCCACCGCUUUGUGAAGCUUCAUUAGCAUAAAAAAGUAUCAUUUCGUCUCGACAUUCCUAUAUAUUUAAUAUUCCGAGGCAGUUGUAGCAGAGACACGCGGUAUGAAAAACCAACUUGUGGUGCCAAAUUUCUCGCGGUUUGGUAAGAACGUUGUAGAGCAAACAACUCUGCGAGCUUCGACAAGUAUCCCACACAAUCAGGCGGCAUCUUAUCCAGCACGCUGUGGGCAGAAGGAACGCGAUAUUGCUGUCUCCGAAGAGCACGAUGCUGCUAAUAUAGACAGAAGAGUAAACAUCUGCCCUGCAUGUGAGGGUAUGUGUAAUUCAGCCGCCGUCACCGGAGAGAAAAAUCGGUCAAUUGCCGAAGCUCGAAGUUUGAACGCACGAAAACAUCUUUCAUUGAUGCUGGCCGACAUGGGAUGCCCGGACCCUUCUAUGCAAUGUUUGUUAUGGCAGCGGGGUUCUUGAAAUUAAUUUUUUAUUUCCUACUGAAAGACGACGCGUCGCGGCUACACUCUUAAUGUCGUUCCACAUACGUUCCACUAAGUGCGUGAAAGAAGUGGACUGAGAAUGGGGCGGAGUCACUGCGCACGGCACUCUAUCGUAUGACCCCUCGCGUGAGGGUAGUAGGAGGAGCGUCGGACCCCUUUGAUUUUCUUUCCUUUUUUUUACUGCUCUCUCGUCGAGAUCGGCCCACAUUCUGAAGUAUGAUGACCUGGUAAAUACUAUAUAAUUAAAAAUUGAGUAAUUCCUUAAUUGAACGUUUCUUGAUAUUUGCAGAAUUGUUCGACUUACUAAGAGAGAUCUGUGUGGAAGAGAUGUUCCUGAGCGUCGGCUCUUCCUUCAGUCUACCUCCUUGCCACUGCUAUACUGUAUAUCACCCUUGAUAUCGUUCCACAUAGAUUCCACGAACUGAACGAAACAUAUUUCUCAAAAUGCUCCACUCAUUUAUUGGAACUUGCGUGGAACGAGAUCAGGAGUGUAAUGCUGGGUGAAAAUUUUUCACUAAUUACUUAGCUAAGGUUUUCUUUCGAUCUACCUGGUCGAAUGAUGGGUAAGUUUUGCUACAUUUCGCAGCAAUAUAUAUAAACCUUGUCUCCGAAGCAAUUUUGAUUGUACACCGUGCAACAUCAUCUCUCGCUUCCUUUCUUUUUCUUCGUUCUUUAUGAACAAUCGAGGUUGUUUCGUUUUCACGAUUUCUUUAUUGUGGAGCGUCGAUUAACGAUCUACUAAAAUAUGGAUGUCUCUCUCUCUCUCUAGCACGGGAAAAAAAUCUUACAAAUGCCACACAUUGUUCAUAGCUGUGUUUUCCCUGUGCGAUGGUGUAUUUAAGAAAUAGCAAAAAAAAAAUUCCUGGUGAAGAAGUUGUUUCUUUGUGGUUAAGCACCCAAUGGUUGUUCGUUUCCCGUGUAAACGGUUCGUUAUCCCUGAUGUAGCUUGCACCAUCCUUACUGUCAUACGCGACGCAGAGUAGUAGCCAUUGAAGUGCACCUGAAUGCCAGGUGGUUGACAUUUUCCACGUUUCUGUAUAGCUGGACCCUUGGUAAAUGGAGUAAUAAACAGGAUGUUUCUACGAAAA